AUAAAACAAUUUAAAAUGUCAAACAAACACUUCUUUAAGGAGAACAAAAAGAGUAAUAAAUUUAAAAAAAAUAAAUUAAAAAAGUACAAUAAUGUAUUGAGAUAUAAUUCCUCCAUUACAUUAUACAUUUAUACUUAUUCACAUUUUUCCACUUAAUUUUGAGAACAUAGAGAAUAGCAUUACAUGGAAUAAUGGAAUAGUUAAAAAAACUCCCGCGUCUGCCGUCUGAAACUCUAAUUUAUGUCGUCACUUUGUGGACUCCAAGUCAGUCUCCUCCUUCACUUAUACCAACCUUCCAUGAAAUUUCCUUCCUCACCUUUUAAAAUCUUCAUACCCAUUUCAUCUUCCUCAAUUUCCCUUCUCCAUUCUUCCUCUACCUUAAACCUUCACUAAAAUGGCAGAUCACAUUCACAAUAACCAUAACGAUAGUAAAAUGUCUCAUCCUUACGUUUCAGAACCUAAAAGCUAUGCUCUCAGCGGCCGAAUUAUGCUAAGCGCCAUUAUCGUCCUUUUCGCUGUUGUCGUUAUCAUGAUUUGUCUACAUGUUUAUGCUCGCUGGUACAUCCUCCGUGCUCGCCGCCGUCAGAUCCGCCGUGCGCGCCGUCGUACUCAUCUUGUUUUUUACAUCGAGCCUGAUAAUCCUUCCAAUAUUGUACCUAUUUCUACUCACGGACUUGAAUCCUCUGUUCUGAAAUUGCUUCCUACUUUUACAUUCUCAAAGAAGGAAGAAAAUGAGGAAAUUCUAGAAUGUGCUGUUUGUUUAUCAGAAUUUGAGGAGAGAGAAAAAGGACGAAUGUUGCCUAAAUGUAAGCAUUGUUUUCAUGUUGAAUGCAUUGAUAUGUGGUUUCAUUCUCACUCUACUUGCCCGCUUUGUCGAUCUCCGGUCGACGCUUCUGAUAUCUCGACGGAAUUUGAACCUACGGCUGCUUCAGGUGAGGUUGUUGUUGAGUUGAGUGAGUUGAAUCAGAGUCAACUCGGUUUAAAUGAGUUGACUCAAGAAGUAGUGCCGAGUCAAGCUGAGUUGUUAGAGGGUUGUUCGGAUCAAUUUUCAUCAUCUUCUGUUGGAGGAAGGAGAAAAGGGAUGGAUAUGGUUGGAGUUUCGAUUGAAGUACCGCGGAGGAGUCAGAGUUUUUGUUUUCCUGCACCGAACUCGGAUGAGUCAGGACCGAGUCGUUCACCGAGUGGGUUUAAAUCACCAACGAGUCGGAUAUUGUCGUUUAAAAGAAUACUGAGUAGGGAAAAGAAAUCUCCAUUGCCUUCCCCUUCGAGUUGUGCCGCUGGGUCGAGUUACCGUGAGUUUGAUAUUGAGUCAGGUCGAGUUGAAUCGUCGAGUCAGAUUUUAACCCCAACAACCCCAAAAUCAUAAUCCAGAAUUAAAAGGAGAAAUUGAGGCGGAAAUUAAGGGAACAUGGCGGACACGCGACGGCGCAAAUAGUGAGGCAAUCGAAAACAUUCGGCGGAAUUGUCAGAAGACGUGCAAACCGCAAUCCUCGAGCUUGGGGGUGUCAGUGACCUGUUUACACGUGGCAGGGGCCCACAUUGAAUUUGUACUUUUUUGACCAUCUUGGACUUGUAAAUAUGAAAAUACGGAAAUAGGAAAAUGCAAAUUGAAACUACUCACAUAGAAGUAGUUGACAAUUUUGUUUUAUUCUUUUGUCUAAUAUUUGUGAAUACUCAUCAACAUCUUACUUUUGUGAUACUAAUUUUGCAACAUUUGAAAGUUACAAAGUUUUUCAAUUAUUGUUGUGAAUUGUGA